UCCGCAACAUAACCGUACCAGACGACAUCGAUUAACGUAUACAAUAGGAAAAGAAACGGGUUUCAAACGUCAGACGUCAGAGUGUUUUGUAACAAUUGCAAGUUUCGGCGGUUUCCUCGCUCGGUUUCCAUUGCAGGGACAUGGCAACCACCAAAAUUGAGUUUGCUGUUCCCAUGUCGUGCCAGUCAUGCGUAGACAAGGUUAGCAAUGUGUUGAACGGAAUGGAUGGCAUCAAGAAUUUUGAAGUGGAUUUCAGCCAGGAACGAGUAGUCGUCGAGAGCAGUCUACCAAUUCACCAAUUACAGGCUGCAUUGGAAACCUCUGGCAAACGGGUAAUUAUUACAGGAGUAGGUUCCAAAAAACUGGCAUCUGCCGUUGCUGUGCUGGGCUACCCUGUUGGAUUCUCAAAGGGCUCUAUUAAAGGUGUGGUGAGGUUUACUGAAGUUGAGGAAAAAUGUGUCAUUGAUGGAACCAUUGAUGGAUUGAAGCCAGGACCUCAUGGUUUCCACAUAUAUUCCAGUGGUGAUCUAAGCCAAGGGUGUGACAGCAUUGGGGAUCACUACAAUCCAUACAAUCGACCACAUGGUGGACCUAAUGACAACAUCCAAAAUAGGCACUUGGGAGAUUUAGGCAACAUACUUUCGGACGAAAGCGGUAGAGCAGCCUUCAGAAUCAUUGACAAACACAUAAAAGUACAUGAUGUAAUUGGACGCUCAGUUGCUGUGACGGCUCAAGCAGACGAUCUUGGCCGCGGAUCCAACAUCAGUUCAAAAAUGGACGGCAAUUCCGGCGAAAGAAUCGGAUGUGGAAUUAUAGCCCGCUCGGCCGGAAUCUUGGAAAACACCAAGAGAAUUUGCUUGUGUUCAGGUGUCACAUUAUGGGAUGAAAAAGGCGCAACGAGCUAAAACAUUCGGUAGGUUCGCUCAAACUACUCCAAAGCUUAUAACGUGGACUUGGUCCUCAUUGUUUUCAUCUGUAAAAAAAAAAUUAAGAAAUCAACAUUUAUGUCACCUUAAA